AUGAGUGAAGCUAAGGGAGUCAGUUCGAAUGGGGUACAAAUACUAGGGUGGGGCAUAAAAGAGGGAGGGUCCUGGAAGUCAUGGAAGAAGCGGAUGUUUCGAUUAAAUACUCAAAAGCUUGAGUAUUUCAAAGAUGAGAAUAUGACACAUAAGAUGGGUGACAUCGAUGUCCCCAAAGUGACACAUGUUCUUCCUGUGGAGAUAUAUAAAAAGCGAAGAAACAUUAUUCGACUGAUCACCCCAUCUCGUACAUAUCAUGUUUCUGUCGCAGAUGAAAAAACACGAGAUGAGUGGGUCGCUGCAAUUAAAAAUACGGUCGGCGCUGAUAAAGCCGUCGCCGCUGCAUCUCCCAAGAAGGAAUUAAUAACAAUGGAUGACUUCGAAAUCAUAUCCUUGCUAGGUAAAGGGGCCUUCGGUAAAGUGAUGUUAGUUAAAAUGAAGAAGGAUGGCAAUAUCUACGCUAUGAAAACAGUCGAAAAGGUCCAAGUGAUCGAUUCUAAUGAAGUCGAACACAUUCUCAGUGAAAAGCUAGUCUUAUCUAAAAUCAACAAUCCUUUCUUAGUAAACAUGCAUUAUACUUUCCAAACUCCAACUCAUUUAGUUUUUGUGUUGGACUAUUGCGCAGGCGGCGAGUUAUUUUCAUAUCUUCAAAAGCAAACGUCGGGAAUACCAGAAGAUGACGUCCGCUUUUACGCUGCUCAAAUAUUACUUGCACUUGAACACAUGCAUUCCACGGGAAUUAUAUACCGAGACAUUAAACCUGAAAAUAUCUUGUUUGAGAAAGACGGAUAUCUGCGAAUGACUGAUUUUGGCUUGGCGAAAUCGUCGACGAAGACGACGAACACGUUUUGUGGGACACCAGAAUACUUAGCGCCUGAAGUAGUCGAAGGGUUGGACUACGAUGAAAAUGUCGACUGGUGGGGACUUGGGAUUUUGAUCUAUGAAAUGUUAUUCACUAAGUCGCCGUUUUUAGCGGAUUCGAUGGAAGAAUUGUAUGAAAAUAUCUUAGAAAAAGAACCGAUAUUUCCGACGACUAAACCGAUCAGUGCGGAAUGUAUGGACUUCAUUAAACAAUUGUUAACUAAAGACCCCGUCCAACGAUUAACUGAUCCCGAUCAAAUGAAAACACAUUCGUGGUUCAAAAGUUUCUCCUUCGACGAUUUGUAUCAAAAAAAGUUGACCCCCCCUUUUGUCCCACAAAUCAAAAGUGUCACAGACACUUCAAACUUCGACGUCGAUAUCACUUCGGAACACGUCGACUUAACUUCGGGCGUGGAGGCGGUCAAUGACAACAAAUUCUUUUCCGACUUCACUUAUGUACCAAAGUGA